AUGGAUGCUUUCGAAAUAAAUGACAACAUCAUUCUAAAAGGAACCAAUUUCACAUCCAAGCCAUUAUUUACUGCAUUUAAUGAAGCCGAGUUUGAUACUAUUGCCACUAAUCUUAUGACAAGAUAUGGCAAAUCUAUAACAAAUGGGAGACCAAUAAAGGGAAAAGAACGUCUAAUUUACGAGAAUGAAAAUGGGUAUGGUUCUUUUCUGAAAUGGAUCCCUAUUCCUUUACAACCUUUCUAUAAGCCUUUUUUUAAAUCAGUUUUACUAGUGGUCGGUAGUGAUAACAGUAAGAACAUAGUCCUUACUUCUCCAAUAAAGAGGAAGGUAUGGAAAGUAUUCAGCUCUUCACAAUACCCGUUAAAAAAAUUUAGUGCUAGGGUAUUGCCAGAAAUCGUAGAGAGGUUUGAAAUGUUUACAGCAUUAAACUAUGACGCAAACCAAACAAAAUUGGAGGAGGGUUGGCAUAAAACGGUGAAAAUUAGGAAACGUAAAAAGGUUAAAUUAUACAUUGUUCCAAAACCAUUGGAAUAUUUCCCCAUUCUGUUCAUUGGUUGUUCUCAACAUAACAUAAAACAUAUGUAUGACAACAUAACAUCCCUUCUAAGAGCUAGCAAUGAACCGCGCCUUUAUACACCAUACGCUUUCAAUGAAGCCCUUCUUAGACCUUUAGUUUUCAACAUUGCUGGAGACCGGCUUUUAUACCGACAGCGUCUACCCAACGUGGAUGUGACCGAUGAGGAAUACUUUUACCUUAGGGAAGAAUUUUUAUAUGACAUGAGGAGAUAUUUGGUAUCAGAUUGUAGAUGUCGUUCAAACACUGAACUUAUUCCUAAGGAUCCACCGGCGCUAGAAUAUUCUUGGGUUUGGGCAGAUAUGUAUUUUAACAGAUACAACUGUUAUUUUCCAGUUGGUAACAUUUAUCGCAGUAGUUAUAAUGCUCAAUUUCGUGGUCUACCAAUGUACUCACAAACUCAAAGCGAAUGUAAUUGUCAAUCAGAUUUAAAAGAUACAGAAGGAAAUGCACUUGGAAAGAUUAGUAGCAAUAAGAAUCCGAGAAGUUUAAAGGGAAAUAGUAACACUCAACUACCUGUUUGA